GUUCGGCUGUGGCGCGAAAACGUCCAUAAAGCUUCAAACGGGAAUCCGACUUCGGACAGUGAAGUUAUUGUGUGUAAAAAACUAAUACAUUUAUGCCUUUGUAAGUUGUCCUGCAACGCGCCUGAUCUGUCCGUCAUCAUUUCAGUUUGACAUCAGAUAGCGAGCGUAUCGUCUGCUUCAUCAUAAUUUAGGAUAUUUCUGCGGAGUUGAAGCAGUAGAUUCACGAGGUUUAAGGCGAAAGGUCACGUUUAUCUUGAUUUUGUUUUUUAUAUACGGAAAGAAAGACGGCCAGAAUUCUGAAUCGCUUCAUUAUAAACGUGUUUUCGGAUCAUUCUUGAAGUUGCGACUUUUAAAGAACAAGUGCAGUGGAAGUAAAGUGGCUGGAAGUUUUUGAACACAUGAUAUAAACAUACUGGAAUCGUUAUGCUGUUUUGGACAUUUUUCAUUGCUUUUCUACCAGCGACCCUUGCUGUGAAGUGCUAUAUCUGUAGCUGGUCACCAAGGGAUGCUACAAAUACAACAGUUUUGUGCAGUGACGAACAUUUUGAAGCAAAUAUAGUUAGCAUGUUAGAUUGUGACAAAGGAUGUGAAACAUAUGUUCACAUAGAUGCUAAUGGAGCUGUCGUGCAACUACGUAGGAAUUGCUUGCAACCAGAAACAGAAUUGACUGGAGAUUGUAGAUUAGAAGAGAAAAAAGCUUUUACAUUAAAACGAUGCACAUGUGAUUCACACUUGUGUAAUGCUGCAUCAUCAGCUUACAUGUUUUCUGGUGUUCUUUUGUUUUUAAUUUUGAUUUUACGAGUUUUAUAUCAUGUUUAAAAAGAAAAAACUGCUUUUUAGGUUGUUUUUAAGUUCUUGCUAAUUAGUUGGGAAAUGUGGUUGCAGAUUUUAAUUUUUUGUGCAAAUUACUUACUGCCUUUGCAAAACGAUUGUAUAUUAAAAUUACCAAUAAACUAUUUUGUAUGUUCCUGAA